UUUUGUGAGCAUUCAGUGGCUGAGGUUUCAAUGACGUGUAAAAGUGGCGACUCUUGUUUGGAUUCAUGUGGUAGUGCGACAAGUCGUGUAGCUAGUUCCAUCAAAACAAUGGUAAUUAAUCAAGAAUACUUUGCGCAGUAGUGGAUUUACACUCAAAGUAUUAACUAAAACCGAAGCCUUGAACUCAAACAUGCCAGUGUGCAGUUUUUUUAUGCAAGGACGUUGUCGGUACGGUGACAAAUGUUGGAAUGAGCACCCCCAAGGAGGUGGAGGAGGAGGAGGAGGAGGAGGUGGUGGUGGUGGUCGAGGAGGAGGUGGAUUUAACAACCGUUCAACUCCGCAACAACCCAGGGGUGGUGGCGGCUUUGGUAACAGAGUUUGGGUGAAUCCAUCGCAGAAUCAGUCGGCAGGAAACUAUAUCCAGCCUUCAGCUUUCUCCUCUCAAGCUGGCAAUGACUGGGGCAGGGGAGGAGGUGGUGGGACUGACUGGGGAGGAGGAGGAGGAGGAGGAGGGGGUGGGGCUGACUGGGGCAAAGGAGGUGGAGGAGCCGGUGGGGCUGACUGGGGCCGAAGAGGAGGUGGAGGAGGGGGUGGGGCUGACUGGGGCAGAGGUGGAGGAGGCGGGGGCAGAAGGGAAAACAACAAGAGCUCCGAAUUCAGUUUUUCCUCACAGAAUCGCUAUUCUGCCCUCAACACGCAGCAGACUUUUGAUAAAGGAGGGGGAGGAAGCGAUGAACAGGAAAAACAUCUGGAGACCGUCAAGAAUGAUGUGGAGAUCUGGGAGACAUCAGGACAAUGGAUGUUUUCAUGUUAUGCCCCGACCAUCGCAACCAUUUCAGGUUUUGCAGAUCUCUCUCAGGAAGAGCUCAGGCUAGAGUACUGCAACAGCAGAGACUCGGGUGAUUUACAGAAUUAUACUAAUGGCAUCAAUCAAGCAGUCAACCAAUGGCGGAGCAGGGUCCAGGAGCUAAGAGCCAUGAAUGCAACCACUCGCGUGGCUUUGCUGGCUGAGCUGAACAACCCCACGCCCCAGGCCCCCCCGGCCGGCUGUGGCACGGCCACGUCUGCCUUCGGGUCGUCCACGCCCAGCGUGGGCACUGGCUUGGGGUCCGCCGCGCCGGCCCAGGCCAACACCUUCAGCUUCGCCGCCCCGGCCGCCGGCGGCUUCGGCUCCUCGGCUCCAGCGGCCCCCGCAGGUUUCGGCGCGGCCGCAGCGACCCCCGCGCAACCCAGCUUCGGGUUCGGCUCGGAACCGGCGGCGGCGGUGCCGGCAGCGUCCGGCUUCUCUUUCGCCGCUCCAGACCCCAACAAGGCUCCGGCCCCUGCAGGGUUCGGCUCCGCCUCCGCCUCCACCUUCAGCUUCUCUUCUGCCACGACGGCGGCGGCGACGCCCGCAGGCGCCCCCGGGUUCGGUACGGCGGCCCCCGGGUUCGGGGCGGCGGCCCCCGGGUUCGGUACGGCGGCCCCCGGGUUCGGGGCGGCGGCCCCCGGGUUCGGUACGGCGGCCCCCGGGUUCGGGGCGGCGGCCCCCGGGUUCGGGGCGGCGGUCCCCGGGUUCGGGGCGGCGGCCCCGGCUGCGGGCAGCGGGAGCGUGUUCGGACAGGGGGGCGGGGGGUUCGGGGCGGCACGACCCACGGGUCAACCAGCGGCAGCAGCAGCAGCAGGAGGGACCAGGAGCUCCGCCGGGGGGCCCGGGGACAGCCUCUUCACCCCCCAGAGCGAGUUGACCCCAGAGGAACUGGGUCAGUUUGGAGCCAAGAGGUUCACACUAGGACAGAUACCCCUGAAGCCCCCACCGAUGGACAUGCUGGUGGGCUUUUAGCAGGAAUAUAAUCUUAUCCUUUUGGACUUUUGGGAGAUAUAACAUCAUUUUGUUAUUACUAAUCAAAUUUGCUAUGCAAAGACAUCUACCCCGUAGAUUUGCGACUAAUUGAGAUGAGGUUUGAUGAUGGCAUGUUUUUUUAUAAUAAAUGUACGCACAGCAACAUUGAAAACAUGCUUUAUCUUACCUACUUUACAGUUAAGCUUUGCUCUCUCUUAAAUACACUGACGGCAGGAACUAUAUGUCAGAACUGUGUCACUGCUCAUAUUUAAUUUGCUGAGCAUUGUGAAACCGUAUCCUUAUAAAACUUUGUGUUUCACAACCUUACUUUGUGUGCAAUGGACGAAUGGUUGGGAUUUGGCACUCCUCCAAAGCUCUCACUAUUUCAUUCUAGUCCAGUCCAAUAAUAUUGAUCCAGGAGAGGUUAAACAACUUCCAAUUACACCGGGUUCCAGUAUUCUAUUAGCAUAUUCAAUACAAACGUAUUACAUGAUA